CCGUUACGGUGCACGUGAAUUACAGUCGACAUUGCGCGAUAGUUUGGAGGGUGAUGUUUUAAUUCAUGCAUUAGAGAAUGACCAUGGCAUCGGCCUGUGUACAACUCUGUCUGAGGUGCAGAAGUCCUGUCUGCACCAAAGCAGGGGCAAGCACCUGGAAGAUUUACACUCAGCUUCAACGUUGUAUUUCCACAACAAGGAUACCAACCAACAUCUCCUCUGGAUUAUUCAGCACUAGAGAUCACAGAACAGUUCAGUCCGGAGUGAGGUGGAAGCAAGAGAUGUGUUACUACAAUGGCCUAAUGGUGAAGUAUUUAACAACUGAAGCAAAGGACAGAAAGCAGACAGAUGAGUUGUCCAGAAGUGAUGCUGUUGUGCCCCAGAAUCCAUUACUACCAAACACAGAAGCCUUGCUGACAACGGAAAGUCACACCUCACUGGCAGAUUUGGAUGCUCCUGAAUUAUCGCCGUUGGAGGAGAUCAGCAGUGAAGAAGCUAUCAGCAUAUCUGUUCCCUCCAUCCCUCCCAUGUCUACCACUCUCAGUGACUAUGUCGACGCGUCAGAGACGCUUACUAAGCUGGUUCAGCUAGGGGUGAAUCUGUUUAAGCUGGAACAAAGGCCCAAUGUCGGCUCAAUGCUGCUGAGGCUCGACUUUGACAGAGAAGUGGCACCACGCCUGCUUUUUCUUAAAGACAUCGGAGUAGAGGACUCUCGCUUUGGACAUAUCAUCUCACACAACCCUUUUAUUCUGACUGAGAGUUUAGAAAAUCUGGAGGCCAGGGUGAACUAUCUCAAGUCAAAGAAUUUCACUGCAGAGACCAUUGCAUCAAUGGUCUCCAGAGCUCCUUAUCUGCUCAACUUCAGUGUGAAGAGGCUCGACAACAGACUGGCUUUCUAUCAGCAACAACUCAAACUCAGUGCAUCUAAUACUCGGAACAUUGUGGCUCGUCUUCCCAGAUUACUGUGUGGCAGUUUGGAGCCUGUUAAAGAAAAUCUGCAGGUGUGCAAAAUAGAAUUUGGCUUUAAGGAAAAUGAAAUCCAGCACAUAGUCAUUGCUGUCCCUAAAGUACUGACCGCCAAUAAAAGGAAACUCACCCAGAUAUUUGACUUCCUCCACAACACCAUGAAGGUGCCUCACUCUCUGAUCACCAAGUUCCCCCAGACCCUCAAUUGCAAGUUCUUGCGUCUCAGAGAGCGCCACCUCUUCCUGGAAUACCUUGGAAAAGCCCAGUAUGACCCAACCCAGACUAACUACAUCUCCCUGGACCGCUUGGUGUCUUUACCUGAUGAGGCUUUCUGCUCUGAAGUGGCUUUGGCUUCGCUGGAAGACUUUGAUUUUUUCCAGAAGACUCUUUGAUUCUCCAUGAGUGAACGGUUAUGUGAAACAUAAGAUAAAUGGCAUCAUGCCAGCUAUGUACAUAAGAUUUUUUUUUUGGUUUGUUUUUUAUGGGAAAUGUGAAUUGAAUUCUUCUGUGACAAUUAUUUGCCUUUUUAUGUUUGAGACAAAUUUAUAAAGCUAUGUUCAGGCUGGUGUUUGUAAAAUUCUUGUUGCAUUUGGUUGCAGUGUACAAAAUAAUUACAUACUGAAAUGAUCCUCAUAUGUUCAAUUCUGGGAAAGAAUCGUGGACGUUGACGUCCUUGAUUCCUUCUCAAAAAAGGUUGAAAGACCCAAGCCAGGCCACAUUGAAACAGUUCGACAAGGGAAUUAAGUCUCUGAGGAAACUGCUGCUUCAUCUCCUGAUGGGGAUCCCUGUAAUUGAACUGUUUGUUGUCGUCACUGUUGAAAUAGAAUUAACAAGGCUUCCAAAGAAAUCUCACUUGGCUGGAUUUUUCUCUGCAAGUACCGCUGUGUUACCUGUGAUCAAGACUCCUGACCUGACCAACCUGCAGCCUCAUCAUUUAGGUUUACUCCGGCAUUCCCAUCCAAAAUUGUCCAGACUUGGAAAUAAUCGCUCUUCAUGAAACUCUGCAUGAAUAAAAA